CCCACAUCCAUAUUGUUGGUGUUAAAAGUUAAUACAAUUGUUAACCGUGGUCAACUUUGACUUUUUACAAGUUAAACAGACAUCGAGCGUCACUACAAAAUGUAGGCAGUGAACUAUCUUGACAGGCAGAAAAUCUUCGGUUUAGUCUCAAAUUUCCAUGCAAAGUGCAGACGUUGGUACAAUAGGGCAGUCACUUGGCGACACUCGGAAGAUCAACAAUGGCGAAGCGGUUCUACGAUCUGACGGCUAAGCUCCUGACGGGGGAAACCUUGAAUUUCUCCUCGCUGCAGGGCAAAGUGGUCCUCAUUGAGAACGUUGCAUCUCUCUGAGGGACGACGACCAGGGAUUACACCCAGAUGAACGAGCUCCAUGAACGCUACAGCAGCAAGGGGCUCGUUAUCCUGGGAGUGCCCUGCAACCAGUUCGGCCACCAGGAGAACUGUAAGAAUGAGGAAAUCCUUCAGUCGUUAAAGUACAUCCGACCCGGUAACGGCUUUGAGCCCAAGUUCCAGCUCCUGGAGAAGGUGGAUGUGAACGGCAAGGACGCUCACCCCCUGUUUGUGUUCCUGCGUGAAAGCCUCCCGGUUCCCAGCGACGAGCCUACUGCUUUGAUGAGCGACCCCAAGUUCAUCAUCUGGAGCCCCGUGUGCAGGAACGAUGUGUCCUGGAACUUCGAGAAGUUCCUCAUCGGCCCGAACGGCGUGGCCUUCAAGCGUUACAGUCGCAGGUUCCUCACCAGCGACAUCGAGGGAGACAUCAGGAAUCUUCUAAGCCGGGCAAACUAAGGUGCUCACUUGUGCACUGUUUUCUGCUCUCUUCACUCCAUGAAGGCAACCUCUGAAACCGAGCUGCUUGUGAGGAGGUUACCUGAUGCUCUGUGAACAAGCAGAACACUCCAGCUGCACUCAACAUCUGUUAAAGCACAGAUGACAAAUAAAUGUUUGGUCUUCACA